AUGUCUGAGAAGGAUGCUCCAAGUGUCCUGAACGGACAGACUGAAAAUGAAAGUGCACCCUCUUCUUUAGCACCUCCUCCUUUACCUGAAAGAAACCAUCACACUGGGGUCGAUACCAAUAUUCUAACCUAUAGUUUGGAAGAUAAUCUUUCAACUAUAUCCAUGAUCAGACAGCACUCGUUAUACUUGACUCCGAUACUAAACGAAACUUCAGACUUAUUUGGUGUCGCAGACUUACAGAAUAAGCUUCAAUUGUGGUUGGAUGAUAUCGGCUCGGCAUCGGUGGAAGCUUCGGAAGGUGACAGCUUCUGGAAGGAAUUGUUGCUAGACCCAGUUUGGAGACCAGUAGGAGACAAGGCAGAGAUAAGUCAUGAGAACGAAGAUAAGGAAGUGGGGGUUAUUGAAAAGCACCUUAUUUCUGGUAUUGAAGACAAGUUGAGACCAUUGGUUUACUUCAAAAUACUUCAGAUCCGCAUAAAGUUACACAAGGAGAGCUACAACAAUCUCCUUCGUAGGGCUAUCAAUUCGAAUUCGUCCAGAGAUGCUUAUAUUGACAGUCUUCAAGUCGACACCAAUCUCACAGAAGUAUUGAAAGUGUUCAACUAUUACACCAACGAAGUCAUAUCAGCAAAAGGCGCCAGAUUCGAUGCAAUGAACAAUGACUCGGUGGCGAGCUCCAACGAGAGCUUUAGCAACUUACCUCCCAACAACUUCAUAAUCCAUGUCAGCCAAUUGAUUGCAACCAUGCCCAAUCUCACUAACGAAGACACAUUUUACCUCUUGUUGAAAUUGAACAAAUUGUUCAUCAACCUCCUCAAAGAGGAAUUUUUCUACAAAGCUAAUCGAACUUUGGAGGACAUUGUACCUGAAGUUUUCUUGCAUAUCACGAAACAAGGCAUAAAUCUCACAACAUUUUUCAAGCGAGUGUUAUUCAGUUUCUUUGCUGACAAGUUACCCUCGCAAACGGUAUUGUUUAGGGUAUUAGACUUUGUGGUGUUCGAAGGCUUUGAUUUCAUGCACCGUUUGUUUGCAUUUGUUUUCACUAUCAACAGCAACAAGAUUUGUCUGCUUAAUGGAGACGACCUUCAAACAUACAUAUAUUCUCCAGAAUUUUUCAGUGCAUUAGCUGAAAGUCUGGCAUUUGAAGCUAUCCUCAUAAUUGAGCCCACGAUUAUCAAAUAUGAAAAUGAUUACUACCUUCUCCAUGCAAACUCGCUCAAUGCAAAUAACUUGGAGUUGACAAACCUCAAGGAAAACAACGACGAUUUAAUCAUAAAGAUACAAGAAUUGAAUCAACAACUUGAAAACUUGAGAACCACCCAUACCGAAAUUCUUAGCCAAAGUGACGACCAUGACAAUCAGUUGAACGAGGUUACUUCCAAGAACUCGCAACUUGCACAGCUCAAACUUGAAUUGGAACAAAAGUACGAAAAUCUCACCAUGAAGGAGAACUUGAAGAAUACAAUCAAAGCCAAUCGAGAAUUUUCGCAGCGCAACAGUGAACUAGAGAAGAGUAUUGAAAAAUUGAAGAAGAAAGUUGACGAAAAGGCAGCAAAACUUGCAAAGUAUACCACCUGA